AUGGCCAAGUCACCCAUGAGAGUCGUCGUUACCGGAGCUGCUGGACAGAUUUCCUACUCGCUUUUGGCUCUUAUUGCUCGAGGUGAUGUCUUCGGACGAGAUCAGCCCGUUGAUCUUGUUAUGUUGGACUUGCCAUUUGCCAAGGAUGCCUUGGAAGGUGUCGUUAUGGAACUCCAGGAUUGCGCCUUCCCAAGCUUGAAGUCCGUCACUGCUACCUGCGACCAGACUGAAGCCUUCACUGACAUCGAUGUCGCCGUUCUCGUUGGUGCUUUCCCACGAAAGCCCGGUAUGGAGCGAAAUGAUAUGCUCGCCAAGAACGCUGAAAUCUUCAAGGCCCAAGGCGCCCUCUUGAACACGGUCGCCAAGAAGACCGUGAAAGUCCUUGUUGUCGGUAACCCAGCCAACACCAACUGCUUGAUUGCCCAGAAGUACGCCCCCACCAUUCCCAAGGAAAACUUCUCCGCCCUGACUCGACUCGACCAGAACCGAGCCACCGCCCAGAUUGCCGCCAAGGCUGGUGUCACCUCCGACAAGGUCAGCCAGAUCACCAUCUGGGGCAACCACUCCGCCACCCAGUACCCCGACGCCUGGCACGGAAAGGUCAACAAGGACGGCGCCGAGGUCGCUGCUUCCGCCGCUGUCAACGAUGAUGCCUGGCUCAAGAGCGACUUCAUCACUACCGUCCAGAAGCGAGGUGCCGCUGUUCUCGCUGCCCGAAAGCUUUCCAGCGCCAUGUCCGCUGCCAAGGCCAUCGGUGACCACCUCCACGACUGGAUUGUCGGAUCUGAAGGCCGAUGGGUCUCCAUGGCCAUCACCUCUGAUGGAAACAAGUACGGUGUUCCAGAGGGUCUUAUCUACUCCUUCCCAGUCACUUGCGAAGCUGGAGUCUGGACCGUCGUCAACGGCCUUGAAAUCAGCGAGUUCUCCCGAGAAAAACUCACCGUCACCGCCGAAGAACUCUCUGGCGAAGCCAAAUACGCCGCUGAGUUCCUCGAGAAGGCCUCUGCCUAA